UCUUCAUUGCUCACUAGAUUCAAAGAGGAUAUCAAUGGAUAGCAAACCCCAAAAACAAGAAGAGAACCCUCCAAAGAAAUCUGGGUGGAGCUGGUUCACGAGCUUCGAAUAUGACAAGGAAGUUGACAAACCAGGUGAUGCCCGUAAUGUUCUGCUAGUAGUUGCGGCACUGAUCACUGCUGUGACGUUCCAAGCCGGAGUCAAUCCUCCGGGAGGUGUUUGGCAAGACGAUGACGAUGGUCACACAGCAGGAAGAGCCAUUUAUGCAAAUCACAAGGGGCCGUUUUAUGUGUUCUUGAUAUCAAACACCUUGGCUCUUUCGAGUUCAAUCUUCAUCAUCGUAUUGCUCACUCAUAGGUUUCCUUUCCAUUUUGAGGUGAUGAUUGCCACGCUUUCUAUGAUUGUGACUUAUGGAUCUGCUGUAUUUGCUGUGACCCCGAACGAGUCUGUGAAGUUCCGUUACAUAUUGUUCACUGCUGCGUUGCCUUAUGUGCUGAGGUUCUUCUAUCAGUUGUGCAGGAAGUAUAAACAUUGUGUUCAUGGUCUUAGGUCCUGUCGAAACCCAUGUUCCGACUGCUAAGCUUCUCAUUAGUUGGGGAUGCGCGCUAUUAGUUUAAUGUGAGUAGUAUGAGAUCAGUAGAGUCGUUAAGAGUAUGGAGGAGAUAGGAAUUGCAAUGUAAUAGCCCCAACUAAGAGUAUGAUUCUCAAAGUAAUCUUAUGUUAUCGUAUUCGUAUCAAUAAGAUCGGUAUUUUGA